GUUCACAUGCAACUGCACAAGGCAUAAAAUAAUAGUAUCCUUUGGGACUUCUUGCCAAAUCUCUGUUGCUGUCGCUCUGCAGCCAUGUCGUACAGCCUUAAUAGUAUAUUAGCUACUUUACCACGAACCCAACGUGGGUCACCAAUUGUGCUCGGUGGCGAUCCUAAAGGAAAGAACUUUCUGUACACAAAUGGAAACAGUGUUAUUAUCAGAGACAUUGAGUCACCCGAGAUAGCCGAUGUAUACACUGAACACUCAGUGCAGGCUACUGUUGCUAAAUAUGCACCCAGCGGAUUUUACAUUGCAUCUGGAGAUGUUUCUGGAAAGAUUCGCAUCUGGGAUACUACUCAGAAGGAGCAUAUUUUAAAAUAUGAAUAUCAUUCAUUGGGAGGACAGAUUAAAGACAUUGCCUGGUCACCUGAUAGCAAGAGAAUUGUUGCAGUGGGAGAUGGGAGAGAAAAGUAUGGUAAUGUGUUCAUGUGGGACACUGGUACCACAGUUGGUGAAAUAAUUGGCCAUAGCAAGGCCAUUAAUUCUGUAGAUUUCAAGUCUUCUCGACCAUUCCGUAUUGUUACAGCCUCUGAAGAUAAUGACAGUAACUUUUACGAAGGACCUCCCUUCAAGUUCAAGCAUUCCGCCAAGGAUCAUGGUCGUUUCGUUAACUGUAUUCGAUAUUCACCAAAUGGUGACAGGUAUCUAACAGGUGGUGCUGAUGGUAAGUCCUUCAUCUACGAAGGUAAAACCGGUGAAAAGAUUGCAGAAUUGGGCAACGGUGCUAAGUCGGCUCACGCUGGUGGCAUCUAUGGGGUAUGUUGGAGCCCAGAUAAUACUCAAGUAUUGACGGUAUCAGCAGAUAAAACAGCCAAAAUAUGGGAUAUAGAAAAACACCAGGUUGUAACUGAGUUCAUCAUGGGUACAACUAUCAAUGAUCAGCAAGUGGGAUGCCUAUGGCAGGGAGAUUAUUUACUCUCUGUAUCCCUGUCUGGAUAUAUCAAUUAUUUAGAUAAAAAUAAUCCUUCCACUCCAUUGAGAAUUAUAAAGGGACACAACAAAUCUAUCACUGCAAUGAGUGCUGUGUUAUAUGAAAAUAAGUCAACUCUCUAUACAGGAAGCCAUGACGGGAUUGUCAAUCAUUGGUCAGUGGAGUCUGGUGUGGCUGAAUCUGUAGAAGGAAAUGGACAUAGCAAUCAAGUGAAUGAGCUUGCAUCAUGCUGUGAUGUCAUAGCAUCAAUUGGUAUGGACGAUACUUUGAAGACCAUUGAUCAUAAGACCAAUCAAUUCUGUUCAAGUGUUGCCUUGGAUUCUCAGCCUAAAGGUGUGGCUAUUGGGAAAGAUAGUUUGGUUGUUGUAGCUGAAAUUAAUGGGGUGAGUGAUGAUAGGUUUCUAUGA